AUGACGAGCAAACUCCCUCAAAUUUCAACCCGAAAAAUGUCAUCAGCCAGCACAUCUGCAGACUCUGCUGAAGACUCAAAAAAAGAAUUAACUCAAUUAACAAGAUUUAACUCUUUAACAGAAAACGGCCGUCAAAGCUCCUUUGAAGAAGAAAAGUCUUCAAUCGAUGUUUUUAUUGACCGCAGCAUCGGAAGAGGCGCUUACGGCCAAGUCUUCAGAGCACUCAAUAAACAAAAUGGCAAAUUUCUUGCUGUCAAGGUAAUCAAACUAAGCUUAACUGGGCCUGACUGGAGAGAAAAACUUGAAGUCCUAGAAAAAGAAAUAGAUUUACUCAGGAGAUUUGAGCACCCUAAUAUCGUCAAAUACCUAGGCUCAGACAGAAAUCUCCCUGAAAACUGCGAAGAAGGUGAAAUAAAAAUUUAUAUGGAAUAUAUGCCAGGAGGCUCCCUGUCAUCAAUUUUGAAGGAAUAUGGACCAUUUUCUGAGUCAGUAAUAGCCAAGUUUACUAACUUUUAUAUAUUUUUAAUGAGAAAUAAAAAAAUAAAAAAAAUUAUAAAAAAAUAAAUUUUUUUAAAAAAUAAAUGAAAGAAUAAGCAAAUUUUACUAGGACUUCAUUAUUUGCAUUCUCAUGGAGUCGUGCAUAGAGAUCUCAAAGGUGGGAAUAUUUUGGCUGCAAGUGAUGGAACUGUUAAACUUGCGGAUUUUGGGGCAUCGAAACAUAUUCAAGGACUUCCUUUGGUAUCAGACAACUCAGAACUGUGUAGGUCUAUAAGAGGAUCACUAUAUUGAAUGGCUCCAGAAAUAUUAAGAAAUGAAGGGUAUGGAAGAAAAGUUGAUAUAUGGUCCCUUGGAUGCGUCAUGAUUGAAAUGGCAAAUGGCAGUCAUCCAUGGAACAAUGUCACAAGUUACCACAGUUUAUGCUUAGCCAUAGCUCAGCAGCAAACUCCUGAAAUUCCUGGUCACUGCUCUGACCCGUUUAAAGACUUUGUAUCAUCAUGCUUGAGAUAUGAUAAAAAGCUUCGACCUAACACUGGAGCAUUACUUAAGCACGAAUUCUUAGCAAAUUUCACUUAA